AUGCCCAACUUCGGGAAUACGCGCUACCUCAACGCCGUGGCGCAGGCCCUGAUCCACUGCAAGCCUUGGAGGUCAUUGGAGCGCACGACCGCCAGAGUCUUUCCGACGAAGGCAGCGCUGCCCAGCCGCGUCGACUUCGCGCGGACUGCUUUCUUCCUCUGCGCCGCUCUCUCCCUGCCCAUCUCUGCAGCGUUCUCUCCCUGGCUGGCAGGUGGUGGCGUGCAGCUGGUGUCGGCCUGGCCGCCCGGCGCACUCCUUGGACGCAAGGGCCCCUUCGGCGCCGGAAGGCGGCCCCGGGGCGAGCGCCAGGGGAAAGACUCCAUGCCCGAGCUGAAGCGGCCACGCCUGGAGCCGCCGCCGCCGCCGGACGGCGGGACCGCGAAGUGGAUGCCGCCGCCCGUGGGGAAGCCCGCGGCCGGGAAGGGCAAGGCGUACGGCGGCGGCAAGGGGCACGGCGGCUACAAGGGAGGAGGCGGCGGCAUGCCGCCGCAGAGGCCUUCCUACGGGAAGGGGCCCGCCUUCCAAGAAGGCGGUCAGGACGGUGGCUUCCAGUCCCAGCCGAGCUGGAUGCAGCAGGAGUCGUGGACGUCGCCUGGCUCCGCCGCGCCGCCGGCCCUGUCGCCGCAGUACGCCAAGGCCAGCAUGCAGCAGCCGCCGCAGCAGGUGAUGGCCCCGCCGCGAGGUCCGCCGGAGCUGAGCUGGAUGCCCCGAGGGGGCCAGCAGGGGCCGUGGGGCGGUGCAGACGCGCCGGCAGCGCCGCCGCAGGGGUACCCUGUGACAAGAAGCUUCGACCGCGCGUUGCUCAAGGUGGGCGGCGCGGGCGGCCGGCGCGUGAUGAGCACGGGCAGGGCUCCCGGGGGUGACGACGUUGGCGGACUGUCGAGCUGGCCGCCUGUCGGUUCUGCGAUCUCUCUGAAGCGCCAGUGCAGAAUCGAUGUCCCACCAGCCGUGGCCCGGAUGCAGUCGACGGAGCCGCCCGACGGCAUUCUCCAGCAGGCGAGCAACUUCCCGGUGGAGCUGGGGUGCCCGUACCUCCGGGACCCCAGCGGCGCCUCGGCCGCGCGGCGCGGGUCGGCCCCCACGCCCACUUGCCUCGAGAGGUUCGCGGAGGAGGCCAAGGCGGCCAGGUGGGGGAGGAGAAACACGGGGUGUGACGAGUGGGACGACCGCGCUGACACCGUGGGGGCGCCCUUGGAGCGGAGGCGGAUUUCCACGGAGCGGCUGCGGAAGAGGAGGAGCACGAGUGUGCCGCCGAACUGGAGGUCGUCGCGCCUGGAGGGGGUGGUGGAGGUGGAGCAGGAGGAGGCGUCGGACCGCGUUCAUCGACGCACUCGUCCCUCACCGAGCCCGUGUCGGCCCACGGAGCAGCCGCGCGCGACGGGCCCGAGCGGGCCGAGCCCUCUGCCGCGGGGUCCCAGUCCGAGGAGGAGGAGGAGGAGGCCGCCGAGCCGGCGCCCGCGGGGUUCACCCCCGACGAGACCGUGA